AUGUUUGAUGAUUACGGUAGACCUAUUAAUAUUUCAGGUGGAAAAGAGCAGAGUGGAUUCGGGAAUUCCUCCCCUAAGAUUGUGAAAGCGGUUGCCAAGGCCGAUGACUCUCAGGACGUCAGUAGUAGCAUCCAAAAGUUUGCCGUCAAGCUGUUGUCUGAAAGUUUUGGUCAGAAUGAUAUGGAUGUGCUUUGUCAGAUUGGUUUGGAUGGGAUACGGAUUCUUGAUCCAGCAACUAGCCGGAUAUUAAAAAUAUGUCCACUCGAGACUGUGACUAGAUGGGAAGUGUUGGAUUCAUAUAUCUUUGCAUUUUGGGGCAAAACAAGUGUUGAUCCAGAACCAAAGCGAAUAAGACUGAAAUCAAAUAACUAUACCACAAACAAGAUCUUGGACACAGUGACAGCUGCAAGCAUUCAGGUCAAGGAGAUGGGUGAAAGCAGUAAACCUUCAGAUCUGAUCAAGGGACUUGAGCAAUCAGUAGAGAGGAAGAAAGGGCUCAUUGAUUGGGUGAACUUGAUAAAGCCUGAUAAUGUGGAGAAAGAUCACUGGGUUCCUGAUGAAGCAGUAACCAAGUGCACAGCUUGUCGAAGUGAUUUUAAUGCUUUCAAUCGAAAGCACCACUGUCGAAACUGUGGGGAUAUUUUCUGUGACAAGUGUACACAAGGAAGAAUUGCUCUCACUGCAGAUGACAAUGCUCAACCAGUUCGAGUUUGUGAUAGCUGCAUGGCUGAAGUUACUCAAAGGCUGAGCAAUACAAAGGAAGCAGCUGCCAGAGUUGUAGGAUUGCAUAGCCACGAGGAUCUUGCAAGAAAACUUCAGGAGGAGAUGGACAAAAAUCGCAAGAGACCAACAGGUGCCAAGUCUGAAGCAUCUGGUAUGAGGAUGAGAGAUGUUGCCUGUCCAACAUGCACAGUUCAUCUACAGGUCCAAGUUCCAGCCUCUGGUUCUGAAACCAUAGAGUGCAGUGUUUGCCAGCAUCCAUUCCUUGUGAAUGCGCAUUGA